AUGAAAAUGGUUCUACAGAGCCUUGUUGUCCCUCUCUUCAUCAUUUUAAUGUCAUGCCCCUCAGGUUUUUGCAAUUUCCAGAAGGUCCCACUCUCUGAUAAUCUUGAUGAGACCCAGAACCACAAGCCAAUGUCAACUGUGUCCACCAUUAUCAAUCGACACGGCAACUUCAGCUCAAACUUUCCGACUAUGGUCAAGUAUGAGAAAGAUAUAUAUAGAAAGCUUGUUCAAGUAGGUACCAAAGCAACCUUUCCAUGGAUGAUGAAUGUGGAUGAUUUCGGAGCUCGGAGUGACAGAAUAGAUGAUUCUGAGGUCCAUGGAACAAUCAAAGCUUCUCCUCGCACAUCAGACUACAAGGAAAGCCCUAGACAAUGGAUUGUGUUUAAAAACAUGAACAACUUCAUAGUUGAAGGUGGUGGGACCAUCAAUGGAAAUGGAAGGCCAUGGUGGCGAAACUCUUGCAAAAUCAACAAAAACCUUCCUUGCGUGGAUGCACCAACGGCUGUGACCUUCGACAAUUGCAUAAAUUUGAUAGUAGCCAACAUAAGGAUUAAAAAUGCACAGCAAAUGCAUCUAACUUUUCAAGAUUGCGUGAAUGUUAAAGCUUCAAAUCUCAAAGUAACUGCACCAGAGAAGAGUCCCAACACUGAUGGAAUUCAUGUCACUGGAACCCAAAAUAUUCAGAUUAUGAACUCUCUUAUCAGAACAGGUGAUGAUUGUAUUUCCAUCGUGAGUGGGUCUAAAUAUGUUCGAGCAACAAAUAUAAUUUGUGGACCAGGCCAUGGAAUCAGCAUUGGAAGCUUAGGAAAAAAUAAGGCAGAGGAUGAGGUUUCAGAUGUGGUUGUGGACAGAGCAAGAAUUUCGGGGACCACAAAUGGAGUAAGGAUAAAGACUUGGCAGGGAGGGUCUGGAUAUGCAAAGAACAUCAGAUUCCAAAACAUUAUCAUGCACAAUGUGACCAAUCCAAUAAUUAUAGAUCAGAACUAUUGUGAUCAGUCAGAAUUAUGUCCAGAACAGCACUCAGCUGUGCAAGUAAGGAAUGUGGUGUACAAGAACAUCAGAGGGACCAGUGCUUCAGAGGUGGCUGUUAAACUUGACUGUAGCAAGACCUUCCCGUGCAGUGGCAUUGUGUUGCAGAACGUAAAUCUAGUCAGUGAAGGAGAGACAAAAGCAAAAGCUUCGUGCCAGAACGUUAGACUAGCAAGCACAGGGAGCGUCUCUCCACUUUGCCAUUGA